AUGCCUACUUUCAUCUUAGUAGUGGACCUCGAGCUUUUCCCGCGAAAUGCAGGUGUCGUAGCUACCAUGGUUGACGUCUCCAUCCGCAUCCGCCGAGCCAUCCACCUCAAAGACCUCACCCUUCUUCAACGCAUCAUCAAGAACAAUCCCGAGAGCCUGCAGAACCCGGAUUUCGCAGACAAUGGCAACACCUCGCUCCACCUCGCUGCGCAACUGGGACUAUUGGAUAUAGCCGAGUUCCUCAUAGACGCCGGUCACGAAGACGACGGUAUCAGCAAGAAUGCCAACUGGGACACCCCGCUCUUGCUCGCGGUGGAGACAUCGGAGGCCGUAGCCACGCUCCUGGCGACGAGGUUUCCGCGCUGUGUCCCGUGGAAGAACAAGCAGGGCGCUGACUCUCUGAUGCUCACCUCCCGCACCCCGCACACCGCCCUGCUGACCCACCUCCUCACCCUUUCCCCCUCCCCAACCUCCCCUCUUGCCUCCACGGACACGUCGGGCAACACACCCUUGCACUACGCCUCCGCGUACGGGCAGCUCAAAUCCAUCCGCACGCUCCUCGAACACGGCGCCGAUGCCGCGGCGCGUAAUGCUUGGAGUUGGACGCCUGUCAGUUACAGCGCGAGUGUGCAGGCGGAGGUGUAUUUUAAGGGGUUGGUGAAUGCGGCGGAGAGGGAGAGGGAGGGGAUGGCCACGGUUACUGGAGCGAGGAGCAGGGGUGGCAGUGGGCCGAAGAUGGUGAGAAUGGUUAGUGCGGAGGAGGGAGAGGAGUUUGAGAGAAUGAGAAGGAGUGGCGAGAGUGGAAGGGUAAGAGCUGGUAGUGGCGGCUGA